AGCAAAUCCCAAUAAUGCAGUUCAAGUUGUCUGCAUCAUUAAAAGCCCAUAAAUCAGAUGUUCGUGCCGUCCUAGCCCCGUCCUCGAAUCAUAUCGUUUCGGCUUCGAGGGAUGCAACAGCUAUAUCGUGGAUCCGCACAUCGUCGGGCGAGGUGUUUGCACCGACCAUGACCUAUCAUGCCGAUGAGAGAUACAUAAAUGCGUUGGCGUGGGUGCCUCCUUCCAAGGAAGCCCCGGAGGGCCUCGUAGUAACCGGUGGUCAAGAGGCCAUCAUCAAUCUUUUCCCACCUUCAUCUGCUGAUCCGACAUUCUCUCUUCUCGGACAUGAAGCAAAUGUAUGCGCUUUGCACGUAGCGCCUGAUGGGACGAUCAUCUCUGGGUCUUGGGAUGCCACAGCGCGAGUGUGGCGUAAUUUCCAAGAGGUGUACACAUUAAAGGGUCAUGCUCAAGCUGUAUGGGCUGUAUUGGGUCUUGGGAAUGACCAGUACCUCACAGGGUCCGCCGACCACAACAUUAUUCUCUGGCAAGGAAGGAAGCCAGUGCGCACGUACAAAGGUCACAGCGAUGCUGUUCGAGGACUUGUGGCUGUUGAAGGCUUGGGUUUCGCGUCUUGCUCGAACGAUGCGGAGAUUCGCGUGUGGUCCUUGGAUGGCGAGUGCCUUCAAACACUUUCUGGGCACACUUCUUUCGUCUACGCGCUCGCUACGACGUCUUCUGGCUUGCUGUUGUCUUCAUCGGAGGAUAGGUCAGUGCGAGUAUGGCGUAAUGGAAAGUGCAUACAGACGAUUGUGCAUCCGGCAAUCUCAGUCUGGUCUGUUGCAGCGAUGUCGAACGGGGACUUCGUUACCGGAGCAAGUGAUGGAGUCGUGCGAAUAUUUAGCGAAGAAUCGGAAAGGUGGGCGUCGGAAGAAGUCCUUGAGACGUAUGAAGCCGCGGUUCAAAAUCAAGCAGUGCCAUCGCAACAGGUUGGCGAUAUAAAUAAGACAGACCUUCCUGGUCCCGAAGCGUUGAAUCAGCCAGGUAGCAAAGAGGGCCACGUGAUCAUGAUCCGUCAAGGCGGAACUGUGGAAGCCCAUCAGUGGUCGAAUGCGAGCCGAUCAUGGGAGAAGAUAGGUGAGGUAGUCGAUGCGGUCGGGAGUGCUCGAAAGCAGCUCUAUAACGGAAAGGAAUAUGACUACGUAUUUGAUGUCGAUGUUCAGGAAGGCGCGCCACCAUUGAAGUUGCCCUAUAACGCUAAUGAGAACCCCUACGCGGCGGCUCAACGUUUCUUGGCCCAGAACGACUUGCCACCAGAGUACAUCGAUCAGGUCGUUCAGUUCAUUGAGAAGAACACGGCCGGUGUAAAGAUCGGGUCCAGCGACGAAUUUCAAGAUCCCUUCACUGGCGGUGGGCGUUACAGACCAAGUCAGGAGAUACAUGCGGCCGCUGGGGGAACCUAUGCUGAUCCUUUCACCGGGGCUGGUGGGUAUCAUCCUCCGAGUUCCCAGCAGCCGUCUCUGCCAAGCGCACCCUCCCAAUAUAUGGAUCCGUUCACUGGAUCCUCUGCAUACUCCACGACUCGUGCUCCGCAGCCGCCCAGUAUUCUGCCCAUACGCACACCGUUGACAUUCAAGCAAGCGAAUAUCCCCGCAGUGCGCAGCAAAAUCCGUCAGCUGAACGACGCCAUCAAGGACUCGGAGGUUUCCCGUUUGACGGUUGAUGAAUUGGCCCGUAUGAACGCCGUAUUAGAUUUUCUUUCGCCUGCUCGUAUUUCCGGAUCUUUACCAUCAGCCGAUGUUGAUUUGUUGCUCAAAGUGGCUUCGCAAUGGCCAGAGGGAUCACGGUUUCCACUGGUCGACAUCCUUCGACUUGUCUGUGCUCAGUCGCCAGCGUCGGUUGGUUCUCCGUCUGCAUUCGUUCAACACCUCCUAGACGCUGUGCAAUGGGAUGAACAAAUUGUGGGAAACAAAGCACGAGAAACUAAUUGUAUGCUAGCUCUUCGAGCAAUAGCGAAUCUUAAUGGGAAGGAUGGUGGAGCACAGACAUGGGAACGUUUACGCGCCGUGGAAUAUUCCAUAUUCAACAAGAACCAACGGACCGCGUUGGCGACGGUCACCAUCAAUGCUUCUUGUGAGCUACUGCGAGCAAAGGCGUCCGGGGAGAUCUCCAUCCUUCUGCAACUGAUUUCCAAGAUCUUGAUGUCGGAGGAGACAGACAGUGAAACAGUAUAUAGGGCUGUUGUCGCGGCCGGAAAUCUGUUCACACUGCCGGAAUUGGAUGCCGACGUGGCACAAACCGUGAAGAUGAUCACAUCAACAGCCGCAGGAAGGUUUAAUGAAGAGAGACUGAGGACCGUGUCUGCAGAGAUUAAAGCAAAGUAGAUUGUGCGAUGUAUAAAUCAGAAUGCGAGAUGGUUGUCAUGUAUAAUGCGCACGAGAUC